AACAAAUGCAGAGUUUCAUCCAGAUGUAGUGAAGACAGCAUCCACUGCUUGUGAAGGAUUGUGCAAGUGGACGCGUGCCAUGGAAGUCUAUGACAGAGUGGCCAAAGUCGUUGCUCCAAAGAAAGAAAGUCUUGCCAUUGCAGAGCAAGAAUUGUCCGUACAAAUGGAGAAAUUGAACACUAAAAGAGCUGAACUAAAAGCUGUAUUGGAUAAGCUCCAGUCCCUCAAUGACGAGUUUGAUGCUAUGACUGCUAAGAAGGAGCAGCUCGAAGAGAACAUUGACAUUUGCUCAAAGAAGCUAGACAGAGCUGAGAAACUGAUAGAUGGACUGGGAGGAGAGAAGGACAGGUGGAGCGAGGCAGCAAGAGAGCUUGGACAAUUAUACGAUAAUGUAACAGGGGAUGUUCUUCUUUCCUCAGGAAUAGUCGCUUAUUUAGGAGCAUUCACUGUUGACUUUAGACUGGAGUGUGUCAGGGAAUGGCACCGGUUGUGUCUUAAUAAAGGUAUCCUUUGCUCUGAUCCUUUCUCACUGAGUAAGACACUCGGACAGCCAGUGACUAUAAGGAACUGGCAGAUAGCAGGACUACCAGUUGACUCGUUCUCUAUUGAUAACGGGAUCAUACUAUCAAACUCGCGUCGCUGGCCACUACUCAUUGAUCCUCAGGGCCAGGCUAAUAAAUGGAUCAAGAACCUCGAGAGGCCCAAUAAACUAGCCGUUAUAAAACUCUCCGAUGCUAACUACGCCCGUACACUUGAGAACUCAAUACAGUUUGGUACUCCAGUCCUCCUUGAGAAUGUUGGAGAGGAGCUGGAUCCACUCCUGGAGCCUCUGCUCCUCCGUCAGGUUUUCAAACAAGGAGGGGUGGAGUAUAUUAGACUGGGAGAGAAUGUCAUUGAGUAUAGUCAGGACUUUAGGUUCUACAUAACAACGAGAUUUAGAAACCCUCACUACCUUCCUGAAGUAUCUGUUAAAGUGUGUUUGGUUAAUUUCAUGAUUACUCCUACUGGACUAGAGGAUCAGUUGUUAGGUAUACUGGCUGCUAGGGAGAAGCCAGAACUGGAAGAAAAGAAAAAUGAGCUGAUAAUAGAGAGUGCAGCAAACAAGAAACAGUUGAAAGAAAUUGAAGAUAAAAUUCUUGAAGUUUUAUCAGCAGAGGGCAAUAUAUUAGAGGAUGAGACUGCUAUAAAGAUACUCUCCUCAUCAAAGACACUAUCAGAAGAAAUACAAGCCAAACAAGAAGUUGCAUCAGCUACAGAGAAAGAAAUAGACGAGACUCGAAACGGCUACAAACCUGUUGCCUUUCACUCCUCAAUCCUAUUCUUCUGCAUAUCAGACCUAGCCAAUAUAGAACCAAUGUACCAAUACUCACUGACCUGGUUCAUCAACCUAUACACACAAUCAAUAGCUAACAGUGUCAAAUCGACUGACCUACAGGAAAGAAUAGCCAACCUUAAUGAUCACUUCACCCUCAGUAUAUACAACAAUGUCUGUCGGUCUUUAUUUGAGAAGGAUAAACUAUUAUUCUCUAUAUUGCUAUGUAUUGGAUUACUUAAAGGACGUGGGGAAGUGGAGGACGAGAGUUGGAGGUUCUUGCUCACUGGAGGUGUGGCUUUAGAGAACCCUCACCCAAACCCUUUCCCUUCUUGGCUGUCUGAUAAGUCGUGGGGUGAGAUAGUCAGAGCAUCCAAUCUACCAGAACUAAAAGGACUAAUGAAUGAUUUCAGUCCAGAAUGGAAGACACUGUAUGAUUCUCCUACUCCUCAUGAGACAAAAUUUCCUAAUCCAUGGGAGAUGAAAGUCAAAGGAUUGCAUCGUAUGAUUGUUCUAAGGUGCAUAAGACCAGAUAAGAUAGUCCCUGCUGUACAAAAUUUCAUAACUGAUAAAAUGGGACAGCAGUACAUAGAGCCGCCUACCUUUGAUCUUGCUGGUAGUUUCUCUGACUCUCAUUGUUGUGCUCCUCUUAUAUUUGUACUCUCACCUGGUGCCGACCCAAUGGCUGGACUGUUAAAGUUUGCUGAGGAUAAAGGAUUUGGUGGGAGUCGCUGUCAAACCAUAUCUCUAGGACAAGGACAAGGUCCUAUAGCUGCUAAGAUGAUAGAUCAAAAGUUUUCAUCAAGUCCAUUAUAUUAUGCUCCACCACAUGGAGAGUUCCAGUCAUACAUUGACUAUAUCAGAUCACUGCCAAUAAUACCUCAUCCUGAAGUAUUUGGAUUGCAUGAAAAUGCUGACAUUACUAAAGAUAAUCAGGAAACAUUUCAAUUGUUUGAUAGUAUAUUGUUAACAUUGCCAAGGAUGACUGGAGGAGCUGGUAAGUCACCACAACAAGUUAUUGAUGAGCUAGCAAGGGACAUACUUACCAAACUACCACCUGACUUUAACAUGGAAAAGGUUAUGCAUUUGUUUCCGGUUGUAUAUGAGGAGUCAAUGAAUACUGUACUGAGACAAGAGUUGAUCAGAUUCAAUAGAUUGACAUCAGUUGUUCGUUCAACAUUACAAAAUAUCAAAAAAGCACUCAAAGGUCUUGUUGUAAUGUCAUCGGAGUUAGAGAAUGUGUUUGAUAAUAUGAUUACUGGUAAGGUACCAGCAGUCUGGGCAGCUAAAUCUUACCCAUCACUUAAACCACUUGGUGGUUAUAUUAAUGACUUACUGGCAAGACUCAAGUUCUUUCAAGAUUGGAUUGAAAACAAAGCUCCUCCUGUAUUUUGGAUAUCAGGUUUUUACUUUACUCAAUCCUUCUUGACAGGUGUAUCACAGAAUUUUGCUAGAAAAUACACAAUACCAAUUGAUAAGUUAGGAUUUCAGUUUGAAGUACUGGAAGAAGAAGAUACUAUGUCUCAGAAACCUGAUGAUGGAGCUUAUGUUAAAGGUUUAUUUAUGGAGGGUGCUCGCUGGGACAGAGAAGCAAAGGUGAUUGGUGAAUCAAAGCCAAAGUCCCUCUAUGACAACCUACCCAUAAUCUGGUUAAAACCUGGUGAAACACUCAAGUUUAAACUAGCUCCAACUUAUGCUGCUCCAGUUUAUAAGACUAGUGCUAGGAGAGGUACACUCUCUACCACUGGACACUCUACUAAUUAUGUACUUACCAUGCAACUGCCUUCUGAUAAACCAGAGAGCCACUGGAUCAAUAGAGGAGUAGCUAUACUCUGCCAAUUGGAUGAUUAAAAUCACUUAAUUUACAAAUUUUAA